UGCCGGCUGCUCCAGCACCACCACAUGUCUCACCCUCGCUCAGGCACUUGGCACCUGAGGCAGCACCCAGUGUUCACGGUCACGCCCACCUUCCAGCAGCUUACACCAGUUCCAGGAACUUUCAGUGUUUAGUGUUGACGCUGACUCUGCGUUCCGGGAACCUCUAGGGGUUCCACGAAUUUCCAGUGUUUAGUGUUGACAAUGAAUAUGGUGUUCCAGAGGUUUCCAGGGGCUCCAUAACUUUCCGGAUUUUAGUGCUGACGGGGACUGUGGCGUUCCAGGAGCUUCCAGUGAUUAGUGUGGCAGAGCUGCGGCUCAUCAAGGACACCGCCUGACAAUGGCGGAACAAUCUGUUUUUUUCAUGAAUGAUGACUAGUUGUGUCAGUGAGUGCGGCGGCAGCGGUGGGCGGCACAUGGAUGUUAUCAGGAGUCGUGGGCGGCGGUGUAUGGUGGGCGGCGAGUGAGAGGUGGAAGGUACUCCGGAGUGCAGUGACACAGAGAUGCCUCAGUACGACGACGCCAUGCUGGACCACGUGGGCGUGGGUGUCAAAAACGUGUUUUGGCCAGACCAGGUGGCGAGGGCGGCCAGGCACCCGCGGGCCAGGAGCUACAACCCACGCAGCCUGCUGGCCGCUCUCAAGAGGCACCGGGCCAUGUACACCGUGUCGCCACCCUCUGCCACCACCCUCACACCUCCCAUCGCCACCCUCGCGCCGACCACCUGCAGAUCGCGUCAGCCGCAACGACACGUCCUGGCCCGCAGCCGCAGCUGCACAGAGGCCCACCUCACCUCGUGCCCUUCCUGGUCCAAGACGCCCUCGCCCACCUGGUCCAGGACGCCCUCGCCCACCUGGUCCACCCGCAGCUUCGCCGCCCUGGCCAGACACACGCCCACGCCCUCCUGCGUCAGUCUCCUCUCGUCCGGAUCCUUCGACCCCUCUCCCUGCAUUUCGCCUCGCCCUGCCGUCUCGCCACCCACCACGCCCGUGAUCUCGCCCAAAAACUGCUGGAGAGGCAGCAGCGCUCCCGGCAGCCCUCAGUGGCCAGAAGCCCCAUCCACCAGGCACAGGGCUGCGGGCUGGUCCACAGCACCUGGCAGCCCAACAGAGACGCCCCGAGGAUGGCCGCCCACAGCGCCCCGCCGGCCGACCAGAGUGGGGGCGGGGGGUGGCGACCAGUGGGUGUUGUGCACCCUGGGCCGCCCACCGCCCGCCAGGAACCGCCGGGUCCAGAGGAUGAACCAGCUGUCCAUGGAGAGCAACGCUGCCCAGUACCAUCUGUGGCUCCAAGACACCCCCAAGCCUAACAAGGGAGGGGGGGCGGCGCUCCUAACUCGGGCACUCUCCUUCAAGGGCAGACUCGGUGGUAAAUUGACCGGCAUGAAGUCACCCAAAAGUCACUCAGCAAGCAAAAUUGUUAAAGUUGAACCAAGUGGGAACAACGAGAGUUUGGAGAGCAAGGUGGAGCAUGUGUGGCGAGCCCUGGCCUUCUAUAAAGAUGUGGUGGACAAGAGCAUCACAGACAUGUUGCCUGGGUCGGCAACAGUGGUGCUGGAGAUGGUCGUUGCACUUAACCUGGCAUUAAAACCCGCCUUCUCUAACCAAAACAGUUCUGCAGUAGCAUCAGUGCUGGCCAGCGUGCACCAGAGUGUAGCGGAGCUGGUGCGGUGGAGUGACCAGUUGCUCCUGCACGAGGAUGAUGCCCACAAUACCCACACUGCCCACCAAGUUGUUCAGGCAGUCAGGGAAGCCGUCCAGGCACUGGUUGACCUUGCUGCUGAUAAGGAAAAUGUGCACAUAUCAGACUCAAGUAAUACUCCGUCCACCAUUGAUAACAACAAUUCGAUAGACAAAUCUCCAGCAUAUUACAGCAAUAGACACUCAGAUAUUUCAAGCCAUCGAAACUCACUACCUGAAAUUAAGGCAGAAUCCCCUGUAGAAAAAAAUGGAAGCUUCCUCCUACCAUGUGAUACAUCAAUGAAGCUCAGCCACUCUCGAAGUUCUGAUUCUAUACUUACUGGUUCAGAGGUGGAGUCUCCACCACCCAAACCUCCUUUGCCAUUUGGACGAAGUGAUGUUGCACCUCCACUACCUCCUAAACAAAAAACUCCAAAAGGAAGCUCUCAUGAAAAUUAUGCUUUAAACCCAAUAUACCUAACUUCACCUUUGAACCGAAGUCCUAGAGAAAGUUCUUCAGACUGGCCUAACAAUAGCUCAUCAUCACUAUCUGCUUCUCUGGAGAGGGGAUCUGGUACAUCUCAUUCCUCAGACCAAGUUUCUCCAGCAUCAAGUCUGGACUCUGUGAGUCAACCACACGACGACCCUCCAACUUCACGUACAAGUUUAAAUUCGUGUAGUUCUCUACACGAUCGAUUUGAUCUUGACUUUGAGAGUGCACUGCACAAAAAUUUUAGGAUUAAUGGUGAUAAUACUGUGACGUUCAAUCCACACCUCACUGAUUUUGGCGCCGAUUCUUUGUCAUCAAUCAGAAGCAUCUCCAGUUCUGGUUGCAGCAGCAGUUUAAGUCAGUCUUACACACGUAAGAGUACCAGUGAGAGUGUGUCUAUGAAGCAAUCUCAUACGGAGACAUAUUUCUCAUCUUCAUCUCAGGUUAGCAGUAAAGUGCGGUGUAGUACCCAGCGUUUAGUUGCGUACUCCGCAACUCGCUCAUCCACAUCAUCCUCUGUUUCAUCCUCAUCAUCCUCUUCCUGUGCCAGUGAGGGAGAAAAAUAUGAAAAUCACACAAUAUCUGUGUUGGUACCACCGGCAUUACCAGCCAAGCAGCGUCCAUAUCAGGGCCGAGGUUCUUCGGAGGUACGGGCCCCGUCUACAUACGAUAAUCUUGAAUUUGAUCAUGUUGACGGUGGAGAAGUGAGAUACAAGGUGAAUUACAAUAUUAUAAGUUUUCAUUGUUUUGCAGUUCAUGAGUACAUGAAACUGUUUGGUCAAGUGAGUGAACCUAAUCCAAAUGAAUUGUUACGUCAUUCUGUCCAUCAAAUGCACCUCGUCUCAUCCAUGGAGUCUCAUAUUCAUGAGCAUGAGCACGAACAUGAACAUGACUUAUUCCAUACUGCUCCAUAUCCAACAAUGAUUGAUGGCAGGAUAAGCCAUAUAGCCAUCCAGCCACCAGCAUUACCUCCCAAAAUGAGGAGAGGAAAUUUUGUUAUGCAAACCAGGCAAUCCUUGCCAGUAGCAUCACAGGCUCUACCCAUCACACAUGUCCUCAUCGACCACGCACACCAGAAUUCUUGUGUUUUAGAUGAUAAUAACAUAUGUAGAAAAUCAAUGGAAGAAAAAGAUGAACCAGAGGAGGUUAUAAUUAAGGAUCAAUCAUUAGAAAUAGAAAGGAAGAAAGAGUUGGAGAUGAAAGAGGAAGAGAUAGAAGAUGAAGAGGAAGAAGGACCCUUGGACCUCCUUGAUGUGAAAGAAUAUUUGAUUUUGAAAAAGGAUGGCGAUGAAGGUCCAGACGUGAGAGGCGGCACAGUAGAUGCUCUCAUCGUACAUGCAUCUAAAGCUAAUAAAAAUGAUUUCUUAUACCAGGAGGCAUUCCUGACAACGUAUCGGACCUUCAUCUCACCAAAUGAACUUGUUAACAAGUUACUUAAACGAUACAACAAGUUUGUAAGCAGUCCUGAUGUGGAGAGACAAAAGGCAGCACGGAAUGCUUUCUCCCUAUUGGUACGAGUGGUGGAUGAUCUUGCUAUCACAGACUUGAAUACUGAUAUUUUGGAAACGCUAACAAGUUUUGAAUACACUCUUCUCUGUCGAGGGGAGUUGCUUCUGGCACGAGCACUCAGAAGAAAAAUAGUAGAAAAACUAGAGGCCAAAAAGAGAUACAGUGCCCCGAAAGAAAACUUUAACAUUGCAUCCCUGGGAGUUACAACAAGACCAGCAACUCUUCUGGAUUUCAAAUCACACGAGAUUGCUGAACAGAUGACUCUUUUGGAUGCAGAACUUUUCCUUACUAUGGAGAUUCCAGAAGUUCUCCUUUGGGCAAGUGAACAGAAUGAAGAACGGUCACCCAACCUGACUACAUUUACUGAACAUUUUAACAAGAUGUCAUAUUGGGCUCGUUCUCGAAUCCUAGAGCAGGAAGAUUCCAAGGAUCGGGAAAAAUAUGUCAUGAAGUACAUCAAAAUCAUGAAGCACCUACGAAAGAUUAAUAACUUCAACUCCUACUUAGCUCUUCUCUCAGCCCUCGACUCUGCUCCUAUAAGAAGGCUUGAAUGGCAACGAACCAUCACUGACGGUCUAAAGGAAUACUGUGCUCUCAUUGACUCUUCGUCUUCAUUUAGGGCAUACAGACAAGCACUCUCUGACUCUACUCCACCUUGCAUUCCUUACAUUGGAUUGAUUCUCCAAGACCUAACGUUUGUCAACAUCGGAAACAAUGAGCUCAUGCCUGAUGGAAAUGUAAAUUUUUCCAAACGAUGGCAACAAUUUAAUAUCUUAGAUAAUAUGAAGAGAUUUAAAAAAUGUCAAUACCCCUUCAAAAAGAAUGAAAAAAUAAUUGCAUUCUUCAACAACUUUGAGUCCUAUCAAAAUGAAGAAGCACUCUGGUACAUAUCUGAGAAAAUCAAGCCACGAGGGGGUAAAAAGAAGUCGUAAGCACUUCUCUCGCCACAGUAUGUACUAAAAAAAAGAUUUAAAGAUUAGCUUUAUUCACUUCAGGAAUAUGUGAAACUCAAAGAAAUUUUAUAUUUUUGAGAAGUAGGAAUAGAUUUCCCAGGAGUGAUAGUUUGGGUCAUAUAAAAUAUAUUUAAUAUUAAGCUUCUGUCUGAGUAGCACGGUGUAGCAUACUCGGUAACUUAGCGACCAAAAUGUCUCUAACACUCCAUUUUUGGCAUUGUGAUGAAAGUUUUCUCUAUGCCAAUAGAAAAUGAUAAUUAUUUGUAAAGAAAAUACUAAUAUAACCCUGUCCAGUGUGUGAUGUUUUCUGUAGAGCAGAUUUAAGCAUCAAGAUGGUGCUCCUUGUGAAGGCCAUAAUGGCUAGUCCCUUUGAAAUUUAGUAGCUAUGUAAUAUAUAUGUAAUUUUCUUUAAUACGAAAAUUGAAUAGGCACACGUGUAUGUAUUGGCUCUGGCAGAUGUGUGGCAGAGACCCUUGGCCAUGCUUCUCGCUGUAUGUACACUUUAUGAGUGUGUAACAUAUAAUACUGACAUACUGCCAUUAGGAAUCAAACAUUAAUGUAUGGUGGGUAGUCAUUGUGUAUAUAUUUGUAUAGUUAAUAUAUAAUAUUGCAUUAUAGCUGGAUUUAUUUUUUUUGUUUCAGUUUUGAAAAUAUGCCAAUUUGUGUUCUCAGUCACAUACACAUUACAAAACUCUCUCCAACCCUAAGAGUUUGUUUGUGUAGCAUAGCUCACAUGUACUCCAGAUAUAAACCUUUGCAAGCCAAAGACGUAGCCAUAUGGCUGCAUGUAUAAUGAUUAGUCCAAAGAUAUAUUCCUGCUGUUGGUGGGUGAAAGUCGCACCCAACUGACCUGUAUUGUUACGGCAAUAGGGUGAGCUAGACCCUGUUCACUUUAUUUUUGGAGUCACAAUAGGAGUCAGACCUUGACUCCACACCUCAAGGUGACAAUUGUAGUCAUAAAUAUUAACUUAUGAUGAUUCAUAAGAAUCAUAUAUCCCAUUGAUGAAUCACAACCUACUUAUUUUCAUUAUCAUUAUGGUAUGACAGUCACAACUUGCUUAUAUUUCUGGUAAUAAGACAGGUCAAAUUCUACUUGUAUCAUAUCAUUUCAGACAAAUUACAUCUUGCUGCAUCCUCCCGAUGUCUUGAUGUAUUAGGUCACACCUCUAAGCAUUGUCACGAUGCAUCACUAAGUUUCUGUUCUUCCUACAUAAAUUACUCUUCACUAAAACAGAGUUGCAAACUUCUGGUCAUGUGACAUACAACAGCUCGUAUACCUUUUCAGUUAUGAAAUUUACACAAACUGUUGUGUGCAUUUAUUCUUGGAUUCUUCAAUAAUAAUUUAUACCCAAAGUAAUCAAUAGUGCAAUAGAUUUACCAAUUAGCAGAGGGUCUGUAGCCCACGAUGACUACUAAAAGAACUGUAUUGUAGGCUGGAUGGUAAAAUGUAUAUUUUGUCACAUUUUAAAAGAGUGACUCACUUAAUUAAAUGCCAUAUAUUUUUAUUAAAUUUUUGUGUUGUCAGGCAUGCUUGUAGAACAUAUUGUUUCAGACAUAUUGGUAGAACAAACUUCUAUUUGAUUAAUGGUUCUUUUACACAUGUCCUCCUGGUCCAGUCCUCAUCACCUGGCUUCCCUAAUGGUAAAAUCAUUGACCAUUUGCUGUAUUGUUUUCGUCCGCUUCCCUGUAUUCAGUAUGUAUAUAGAAUAUAUAUAUAAAGUGGAUAGCUCCAUGGAUCAAAUUUUAACCUGUAUUUAUCAUAAGACAUCUCUUAAUAUUCCUACAGCUGUGCCUCUGUUCCUUAAUUUUUGUUAAACCUAAGUAUAUCUAUUGUGACUUUCUGGCUUUUAGAAAAGGCUGCAAGCAAGGUGUUGGUGAUGACGCGGGGCAACGCCCCAGUGGCUGCUCUCGCUCCUCCUUUAGCAUGCUCUUCUGUUAGUUGUUGGCUCUUUGUUUGUCCUGAUGUUCUGAUUAGGUAUCAACCAUUCUGAAUUCCAUAUUUGUCAAUUUCUCUAAUUUUAUGAACCCACAAACAUCUUAAACCCAAAAGCUAGCUAGUUUUUAAAAACCUGUCUCUUUUUCUCCUCACAUAAUAGCAUGUAUACUAAUUGUGUCAUUAAUAAUUAAUUUUGUAUAAUAUUUUAUUUUAAUCCAUUGUAGUUACUAUAAUCUAUCUUCACUUUUAUCUCUAUAGAUUUUAUGAAAAUAUUAUCUAUAGACGUGUUCCAAAUAAUAUGUUAAUAUGUAAAGCUGCCUAUUGAAAAUCUGUUAUUUAUAUACUAUUUUGUAGAUAAAAUAUAUAGUAUAUAUUUUAGUAAUAAUUUAGUUCUUGGCUCAGUCUGCAUUUUCCGACAUUUAUGGUUGUAGUUACUGGUAGCCAGUAAUAAUCAUCAAACACUGUUUGCACUUUGAUAACAUUCUUUAGUUAUCAUUUAUGAGCAAUACACAUAUAAUAUCAAAAUAUUUGAUAUGUUAAAAGAAGCAGUACAAUUAUACAAACUGUCCAAUCCCCCCAUUUCUGUUAGCACACGUGUCUAGCAGCAUUUAUGAACGAGUGAUAUAAUUACUGAAGAAUCUUAGUAAUUUAAUUUUGCUGCAAAGUUAAAUUAUGAUGAAAUAUGAAAAAAGACUGAUGCUUAUUGUAAAUGACUUUUUGUCAGAGAUAUGACAUCUGCAAAUGACAGACCUGUUAAUAGGCAAAAUAAAGCAUGCGCUGACAGCAGUUACCAGAUCUUGUUACUUAGCACAUUUGAUAUGGUUUUGUGCACUUUCUUUUCUCAUGCAGUAUUUAUGUACAUAGUGCUCAUUCAUUGUGCUAAUUAAUAGAAGCCCACUAUCUUAUUUUAGGUUAAGAUAUUUUAUGACUGAAUCAUGUCAUCCUGCUCCUUAAUAAGUUAAUGUAAAGCUUGUGGUCUUUAUACAGCUUUGUAAGGACAUUGUGCAGGUCUCCUCUUAUUGAGGUACAAACAAGGAAUCAGAGGCUACGUAGCACUACAUGGCCCCUUUUUCUAGUCAUUCUUGUAAGUCAUAUUGCACCAAGAGAUUUUAUUUACCUUUUGGACUGUUUUAAAAUGUAUUACACAUAAUAUUUUAAAGUUAAAUAAUGAGUUGCUAUAAAUUAAUGGUUUGUAUUGUCAAGCAUUUUUAUACAGAAAAUAAAUUUGAUAUGCCAA